ACGCUGAGUUUUUUCCUGAAAGAUAAAAUCAAGAAAACAUUCGUAUCACUAGUUAUUAUGGUACCAAUUGUGGCUGUUGUUGUGUACAUUGUCGAAGCGGGCGGUCCCUAUUUCUUUUUCUAUUUAUUGAUGACAGUUUACCCGGAGUUUAUCGCGCCACUAUUUGACAAAUAUGUUCCGCUUCCGGAAAGCGAGUUAAAGCAAAAAAUCGAGAAACUCGCUGCAUCGGUUAACUUCCCGCUGAAGAAAUUACUUGUCGUCCAUGGUUCGAAGCGUUCAGCGCACAGCAACGCAUAUAUGUAUGGAUUUUGGAAGAACAAACGUAUCGUACUGUUUGAUACUCUGUUAAGCGAAGAGUUGAACGCAAAACUAAGGGAAUCUGAAACAGAAGAAGAGAAAAAAGAGAGAGAAACGAAAGAAAAAAAGGAGGAGGAAGAGGAGAAGAAGCGGAAGUUGGGGAUGCAAGAUGAGGAAGUGGUGGCCGUACUUGGCCAUGAACUUGGACAUUGGGCUCUGUGGCAUACGGUUAUCAAUUUGGUCCUUGCUGAAGUAAUAUUUUAUAAAUACUUGUGUCUAGUAACUCUGCUUCUUUUGCUGGUGAAAUUUUAUAUACGCAGUCUGCAGUGUUGUUGA